GAGGAGGAGGAAAAGAAAGACGUCGUCCUUUUCGUCGUCCACGAAACGAGCCGAAUGAUGUUCAAUUGACGAAGACCGCGCAGCGCUAGGAAUGGCCCCCUUCAGUUCCGUCUUCCUGGGUGUCUGGGGAGUGUUUGUUGUCAUUUUGAUAAAAGAGUCGACACCCGUUAGCUGGGAAGAAUGGUGGACAUACGACGGUAUUUCUGGUCCUGCCUUUUGGGGUCUUAUCAACCCAGAAUGGUGGCUCUGUAACAAAGGUCGAAGACAAUCACCAGUCAAUCUUGAGCCUACUCAACUGCUUUUCGACCCAAAUUUACAACCGCUUCACAUGGACAAGCACAGAAUCAACGGCGUACUAGCGAACACCGGCCACAGCGUCGUGUUCGCCGUGGAAAACGACACCCGCCAUCCCGUCAACAUCUCCGGCGGUCCGCUCAGUUAUCGUUAUCAGUUUCACGAGAUUCAUCUGCACUUCGGCGCGGACGAUCGUAUCGGCAGCGAGCACACCGUCGACGGACAUGCAUUCCCUGCCGAGCUUCAGAUAUUCGGCUUCAACUCGCAGCUCUACAACAACUUCUCGGACGCUCUACACAGAGCGCAGGGGAUCGUCGCGGUAUCGCUUCUUUUGCAGGUGGGCGAUCUCUCGAAUCCGGAGCUGAGAACGUUCACGCAGCAGCUGGAUAAAAUCAAAUACGGAGGGCAGGCCAUGGAAAUUAAACGUUUCGGGGUGCGCGAACUUCUGCCGGACACGAAGCAUUACAUGACGUACGACGGCUCCACCACGAUGCCGGCGUGUCACGAGACCACCACAUGGAUCAUCCUCAACAAGCCUAUAUACAUCACCAAGCAGCAGCUACACGCUUUGAGACAGUUAAUGCAAGGGGACGAAAAGCAGCCAAACGCGCCACUUGCGAAUAACUUUAGACCACCGCAACCCCUUCAUCAUCGUCCCGUUCGGACAAACAUUGAUUUCAAUGUUCAGGGUCCGAAGAAUUGUCCGACAAUGAACAGGGACAUAUAUUACAAAGCCAAUAGCUGGAAAUAAUACCCAGCACUGCCGUGAGGUCGACAUUCGCAGUAACUACGCUUCUCCGAGGAACGAGCUGGAACUUCGCUGUAAGGAAAAAAAUUGACAUAUCAAUUACAGGCGGGUGACGCCAGGUCACAAAAAAAAUUACGGCAGAUAGAACGCGCGAAGAGGACGACCGACGACGCCCAUGUUGUGGUCGAGAUUUAAAAAAAAAAUGCUUCGUUGUACUUAUUAGACGUGAAUUGCCAAGUAUGUUUCCAGUUAAAUCAGAAGAAGAAAAACCAAAUAUACCUAUAGAUCACAAGUUAGACGAGAUAAGCUAAUCGUAAGAUCUAUUAUUAUAUAUAUAUCGGUAAACUAUCGAAAAAAAAGCUAUGACUAUCGUGGCCUGCGCGAGGGGUUGAGAGAUGCAAUUAUAUGUAUAAAAAUUCACGCGCAACGGAGAGCGCUAUCGCGAGCAAAAGUUUAUACUAUAUUCUUGUAAUAAAAGCUUGAAAAAACGCAGAAAA